AUGCAAUUGAAUAUUGAUCAUUUAUUAGAUAUUGAAUUCAUAGGAUUUGAUGAACAGGCAUUACUUAUUUGCUCGAAAGACAGUCAAUCGAUCGAUGUAUGGCGUUGUUUUGAUUGGACAUUGUACAAACAAUAUUGGUUCGAUGAACCCUUUGAACAAUGUUCUUUUUUUUCCGAAAGUCAAAGUGCAAUCAUCAAAGUAACAUUUCGAACUGGUAUUAUUCAAUAUUUAUGGGUUGGUUUCUGGAGAGAAAACUUAAAUGUUCCCAUAACAAUUAAAUUCAAAUUUCUUGCAACACUAGAAGUGAAACUCGGAGAUCAAAGUAUUUUUCUCAAUAAUGAAACAGAUAUUUAUUAUUGUGAAGGACAAUCAUAUCUUCGUUUUUAUUAUUUUCAACGUCCAAAACGUAUUCAAUUAAAAAGAAUUCAGAAUUUACCUCCUCUCAAUCGAAUCGUCUAUAGAUGUGAGAAAAAUAAGUCAUUAAUAUGGCUUACUAAUGAAUCUAUUGUUAUUUUCCAUUCGUGUGAAAAUCAUUUUAUUAUUCCCGGUGUAUAUCAUUAUUUACAAAUUUGUGAUAACGAUGAACGUUUAUUUAUCUGUUGUCUUGAUAAAAACACAUUGAGAAUUGACAUAUUCGAGUGGACAUUCAAUAACAUGAUACAUAUGUAUCGUCAACUUGCCCGUAUACAACUCGAUCAGACAGUUUCUCAUUUUACAUGUUAUUUUGACAAAGAUUGGGGCAUUAUUGUCAACUGUGCAUUGGAAAAUGGUCAACUACGAAAAUACAAUGCUACAAUAAUGACUUACUUGCCGGUUAAAUUUGCUACUCUUCAAGAAAAUUCAUCAUUGCGAGAACAAAUAGAUUAUUUUGAAAUUCAAAAUGAUUUUAUCGUCACGUUUGACCAAGUAAAAUGUGAUGUGAACUUACUUACAUAUUCCAAUCGACUAUCAUUUGUCAUGCAUCUCCGUGUGUCCAAUGCAAUUUCUCAAUUUGCUAUUAAUUCAUCAUAUUUACUUGUUUUCGAUUGUAAGAAUAGACUUUCUAUCUAUUCGAUUUGUUCCACACCGAUACUUCUAUUCGAAACAACUGAAUUUUAUAAUGAAUCCAUUAAAAUUCAUUCACUUGCAUCGUCUUUUCUUAUUGUUGAUGGUGACAAACAACAAAUUUUUCAAAUAAAUACUGAUCAUCCACUUGCAUUACGCACUAUUACUCAUUUAAAAAUUCAGUGUCAUUCCCUAUUGAGCACUGUCGUACCUAAACGAGCGAAAUUAUUCAUUUUAUCUGAUGAUAAUUCAACGUUAACAAUUUGGGAUUCAAAUACGAGAAUCAUUAAAUAUCUUCCAACAUUGAUUAACAAAUCAACUCAAAUCAAUAAAAUAUACUCUCUAUCAACUACUAUUGUCUUUCAUGAUAAUAGACAACGAAUUUAUUUAUGGUAUAUUGAUAAUGGCAACCAAAUAAUCACUUUUGAUCAUGAUCGACUUGAGAAAGAAGGAAAUUGUCUUACUCUUAUCGAUCCUAAUGGAAAUAAAUUAUUUGUAGUUCAUGAUAUCAAUAAAUCGUCGUAUGGUGAUAUUCGAUUGGAAAUUUCACUUGAUACAUUUUGUUUGACAGAAGAUGGAAAAUAUCUAUUUGGAAUAUGUCAGAAAGAAUCAUUGUUAUUUAUGUAUCGAAUUGAUGAUAGGAAAUGUUUAGAAAAAAUAUUUAUCGAUAAUCUCUCACCACUUUUAAAGGUCUCAAACGAUUGUCUUAUUUUAUUACGUAACAAUGAAUUACUCUUAAUAUCGAUCAUUGAUCAAGAUGCAUCUACAUUGAAACGGAAUAGUGAUGGACCAUCGAAGAAAUGUAUCCUGUUUGAAAAUGAAGAGUGGCUAGAUUGCCACAAAGACGAACCAUGGAUAAUGACAAGUUUUGCUUGUACAAGCAAAAAAUCAUAA